AUGGAAUCAGAGAAGAUGCUCGUGCAGGCAAGAAUUUGCCUGAUGCUUUUACUGGGUUUGACUGGGUCCUAUAGUACCACGGUGGGACAUGCGGAGCAGUCAGGACACAAUGGUGAGGAGGGUGAUGUCAGAUGUGCUGCACAUUUGCCCGAAAUUGUCGCUGAACACCCGAUUGACCCACCUGCCCAUUCAACUCAUGCCACUGAAGAGGUCCCAUGUCAUGACAAGCAACCAGCUAAUUAUCAUGCCGUGGAUGACUUCCUGUCAGCCCUGAAUCAUGGCAGUGAACUGGGGAGUACGGAGUUCCAGCGAUUCGGAAUAUGUCCGCAACAUGAUGCAAUUCGUGAUUUGCAGGUUACUGCAUUGACACAACUAACCGAGAGUGUGCGGCAACAACAAAACGGCAUUAAGGGUGUCCAGGUUAUCGUUAUAGUUGACAGAUAUAAUUUGAGUUUUGUGGACGUUAUAGUUGAUAUCUGGGAGGCUGAGAAGGAAGAAGAGAUCAUUUUGGCCCUCAAGUUCCCGAGGUUUAUCCAUCCAACCAGCCCCUUCUCUUUGAUGCUCCUGUUUAACGUGGGAUCCGUGGAGGCAGAUGACUUGACUAUAAUGUUCAACAGUCAUUUUCUGCAUCCAAAUAUGCAGACGGUUUGCAUUUCGGAGAGCACGCGUUUCCUCAUCCUUGCAGGAAGACAAAGGAAGAGUCAUACACAUGCUCACCUAAAGCUGAGAGUAAAGGUUAAGACACUGAAAGCUGAAAAUGGGAAGAAACGCAGUCUGUCUGAUCUUCAGGAAAUCUUGAUGAGGAAGGUGAAUGACAGCAAUAUCACAAUGAAGCCGACGUUGCUUUUCCUCGCUGAGAAAGGCCACAGUGAAAGUGCUUCUCCUUACCCCAGACCUUCCAGUCCUCUCCCUCCUUCCAAAACCUUUCUUUUCCUGUGCGAGCUGCAGAAGUUCUUGAACGAAGUUCUUCCCCAGAAGGAUCCGCAAGAGUCUCUGGAAGAGGAGAGCACGGCCUCUUUAUACGCACUUAACUCUCUACCACCUUUGACCCUUGGAGAGUCAUCACCACAGUUUCUUCUUUCAGGCCUGGUGAAUUCAUCCACCCAGACUGUAUUUGUGUUCCCACCGCACCAGCAAAGUCUCCAGACUCACCGUGUGGAGCUGAACCUGGAGAGUCCUCUGCUUUCUGUGCUCAGACUGAGACUGGACGAAGCCAUUGCUCAGGUGAAGGAGGCGGAGGCGGAGCAAAGCGUGAAUGACAGGCUUCAGCGACUAAUUGAAAUGAGUGCCCUUACUCCAGAAGGAACGAAUGAUGAAGCAGUCACGAUAGAGCACAAAGAAGCCCAAUACAGGUCCGUUUUGCUGCUGAAAGCCCUGCAGACGGUACUCAGCAUCUUGGAGGUGGAACGGGCCCAAAGGGCAGCCAGAGCGGACGAAGACAGCCAGACGAUAUCCCAAGAGUGUCGGCUUCAGUCCUUGAACGUAUCCAUGAGGAUGUACGCCAUCGAACCCUCCACGGUCGGGAUCAAUAACUGUGAAGGAUCCUGCAGUUUCCCCCAAAAAGCCACCUGCAUCAACCACGUCAUCCUCUUGAACAGCUACAUCCAGAGCGGCCACCCCAUCAACCGCGCUCCGUGCUGCGUGCCGGUGGAAUACGGAGACCUGUCGGUGAUUGAGCUGGAGAGCAAGGCCACCGCUAUAUACUUCAAGCCCAAAGCAGUGGCGACCAAGUGCGAGUGUCGCUGACAGCCAAUGUGUGUGUUGAUAUAUUGCAACGUACAAGUGAAAUUUCACAGACCUGCGUUCAUUUUUUCCUUGAAAAUACCCAACAGUGGUCUUCUAUUUUUCUAGAUGCAAAACUGAUGCGAAUGCAUUACUAGUACAUGUCCAGGUGUGCAACAUCAUCUGUUAGUCAUUUGAAGUGUAAUGGAGGUAAUUUGAGAGAAAAUUAACAUGUCAGACAAUACAGAAAUACUUUUAACUGUAUGAAACAAUUCGCUAAAUGUAUUCAAAAUGUUUGGCUGUGUUUGAAUAAAGUAUAUACAGUAUAAAGGAUGUUUUAUAUGUGUCAAUGAAUAUAAAUAAACGUACUCACAGUGAUACUGAAAUAAUCUCAAAAUAGUACUCAGUUAUCUAAAACAUUAAAG